AACCAGCCAGCCAGUGUCUGGUGAACGUGCGUGUGCGCGUAUGUGCGCGCGCACGUGUGCGUCCAUGCGUGUGUGUGUGUGGCUGUGUGUGUGUGUGUGUGUGUGGACCAGCAGCGAACACACACUUAACAUUCGUUCGCAACAUGGCGUUGGAGCGCCGAGAGACACGACGGCUCUCCCCCGACUAAUGCAACCUUAUUGUUAGGAAAGCCAGGGGACUGUUGACCAAAGAGACCAAAAACAUUCACAGAGACUCUUUUACGCACCGGCGGAGACAAAAGCGGAUUCCAACAUAUGCAUGUCGCUAUAACGGUAUAGCUGGUUGUAUAGACGCACGCUGCUACCCCACUGGUGGAAAUCAAAGGCUGUACAUGGCGGUGGAGAGUACAAUUUGGCUGUUCUGUCUUCUUUCGCUGUUUUGUGGUCCAUCCAAGCAAGAAAAGCCUGUUUCGGUGGAGCUGAGCUGCGGGGCUGGGCCCAGCCAUGUAGUGUUGGAACCAGGUUUGCCCCUCUUGCUGGACUGCAAUCUAGGGGCCAGCAAUACACCUUUCAAUGUGACCUGGCUUAAGGAUGGCCAGACCCUGCCUCUGGAAGGGGAUGACUAUCUGCAGUAUUUGGGCAACGGAUCCCUCCUCCUGCUGCCGACCUCCAAGGACGGCCAGUCUGCCCAGGACCUGGAAGGGGGCUACAGCUGCGUGAGUGCCAGCGCCCUUGGAGCCCUGACCAGCCGGACUGUAAAUGUACUCUUGUCAAGUCUGUCUAAGUUCCAUCAGGAGCCAUCACCCCAAACAGUGCCCGCUGGGGGAGCUGCCCGCUUCGAGUGCCAGAUUGAGGGAGUACCCACGCCUGUUAUUACCUGGGAAAAGAACAAAGUGGCUGUCCCUGAGGAGACAAGGUUCAUUUCCCUUCCUAAUGGGGUGCUCCAGAUUCUAGAUGUGACCAAGGAGGAUGAGGGUGCCUACCGCUGUGUCGCGUCCAACUCUGCCAGGAAGGACAUCAGUUAUGAAGCGAGACUCACUGUCACCACAGGCUCUACUGAAGCCCUGAACAGAGUUGUGAUUGUUGCACCACCCCAGAAUGCCACAGUGGUGCUCGGCCGCCCCGCUGUGAUGGAGUGUAUGGCACAAGGCCAGCCCAAACCACUGGUGUCCUGGAGCAGACAAGAUGGAAAGCCCAUUUCCACUGAUGUGGUUGUCCUCGCAACAAACCUGGUGAUUAGGGACACAAGGCGUCACCAUGCUGGCGUCUAUGUCUGCCGGGCCAACAAGCCCAAGACCAGAGAGUUUGUCAUUGCUGCUGCUGAACUGCAUGUGCCCGCCCCUCCAGUGAUUCUCCAGCCCCCAGAGACUAUGUCUCUCUCCCGGGGAAACACAGCCAGGUUUGUGUGCAACAGCUCCGGGGAGCCUCCUCCAGUGCUGCAUUGGCUGAAGAACGGCCAACCCAUCAAAUCAUUCAGACGAGUGAAGACCCAGAGCCCUGGAGUCCUGCUCAUCAACCAGCUGGCACAGGAGGAUGGGGGCUACUACCAGUGCAUAGCAGACAACGGGCUGGGCACGGCCUGUGCCACUGCCAAGCUGACGGUCAUUGUGAGGGAAGGACUGCCCAGCCCUCCUCGUCACCUGACUGCUACACCCUACUCCAGCACAGCUGCCCUGCUCAUGUGGGAGAAACCUGAGUACAACUCAGACCAAAUCAUCGGCUAUUCUGUGCACUGCCAGCUCGCUGCAGGCUCAGAUAACGCAGAGUACCAGUUUGCAAUGAACAACGACACCACAGAGUAUCACGUCAAAGAACUUCUCCCCCAUACUGCCUACACAUUCUUUGUCGUGGCUUAUUCUCCCAUGGGUGCCAGUAGCCCAUCCCUGCCUGUUACUGUAGAGAUGCUGGAGGAUGUGCCGAGUGCACCUCCUCAGCUGUCUAUAGCCAGCACCUCCCCCACAGAAAUCAGGCUGAUGUGGCAUCCAUUGUCCUCGCAGCACAGUCGAGGAGCUGUUACCCGCUACUGCAUUGAGUACGGCUCUUUGGAUCAGGAUGAGGUGUUGUCAGCGGAGGUGGGGGGUAAUGAGACUCAAUUUACACUGAGAGAACUGCAGCCUAACCAGGUCUACCGGCUGAGAAUAGCAGCUGGAACAGGCAUUGGCUUUGGAGUCCCAUCUGAGUGGGCCCAGCACAAAACAUUAGCCCGCCACAGCAACCACAGCAUGGUGAUCUUUGCCCCCACUGAGCUGAAAGUCAGAGCCAGAGCGGACAGUCUCAAUGUGACAUGGCAACCCUCACCUAAUCACACACUGGUCUCUGGUUACAUGCUGUCCUGUCGAGAAGUAGAGGCUGAGGAGUCAGCCAAUGGAGAGAGGACCACACAAACCCACACCAUCAGGCUGCGAAAGAGGCUUAGGCAUCGACUGCUCACGGGGCUGGUCCCUGAUCGGCAGUAUGAGGUAAAGGUUUGGGCAUUCAGUAAGCAGAUAGAUGGAGCAGCUGCAGUGUGGAAGGGAAGGACAGACAAGGCCAGUGACAGAACACCGUUGCUGCCUACGCACCCCCUUCUAUUGCCGCCAAGCAGCAUCCAAGCCACAGCCAACAGUUCCACCUCCAUCUGGCUGCGAUGGGAGAAACCACGGUUCAGCAACGUUCGCAUCAUCAACUAUACAGUGCGCUGCAGCCCAGUAGGAACCACCAACGCCUCCCUUGUCUCCUAUCUUACCAGCUCUGCUCAGGAGAUGCUGCUCGGGGCACUGAAACCCUUCACCCGUUAUGAGCUGGCGGUACAGUCUAUUGGAGAGAAUGCAGUGGGACCCUUCAGCGGCACUGUGGAGGAGUCCACUUUGUCUGACCGGCCCUCCACACCUCCAGAGGAGCUGCAGCUGAGUGCGCUGGACUCCUCUUCUGUGCUGGUGAGCUGGCGCCCUCCACUGGAGCCUAAUGGUAUCAUCAUUAGCUACAUGAUCUUGUACAGUGGCAACCUCAGCCAGCCUGAGCACUUAUGGAAAAAUCUCUCUCAGGAUGGGAGCAUCACCAGCGUGGAGGUCCAGGGUUUGUCCAGUGGCACUCAUUACUUUUUUAAAUUGGGAGCAUCUACUGAGGUGGGGCCGGGGCCUUAUUCACCUGUAAAGGAUGUUCACACUCCCCCUCAGAAAUAUGAGCUAGACAUCCACGCAGUGACAGGCAUCAUAGUCGGUGUCUGUCUUGGACUGAUAUGCAUCCUCCUCUGCAUGUGUUUCAGCUUUCGCAACAGCAAAUCCAGGGAGAUAUCUGGGGGCUUGGACUCCACAGCUGUGACCCUUCAGUACAGGAGAGGAGGCUGCCCCACAGUACCCUCCAACUUGCCAGAGUGCAGCGAUAGCUACGAGCUGGAGACACUGAUGCCCUCAGGCAGCCAAGAGUCUGGUCAGCCGCCAGAAGAGGCCCCAGAGGAGCAGAGCCUGAUGGCGAGUGCUAAUCCAGUGGAAGGGGAGGAUGCCCCUGCACCUGAACCCAAGGCUGCUUGGAACGGCUCUGUGAGUCAUAAUUGGGUCAACAGAAUCACUAGAUACAGAGACACCAUAACAGAAGACUCUCCAACACUCAUUAAUGGAGCUCCCAACAUGCUAAUUACUGAUAACAGCACGGGCUCAGAAGAUCAUCUGAGUACAUCCCUGUGCAGUAACCAGGUCGAGGCAGAAGUCAUCGUUCACUCAGAGCUGUCAGAUCCCGGGAGAGAGAAAGAGGAGGAGGGCAGCAAGAGGGAGAAGGAUUCUAACACCACCAGGGGACCCUCAUUAUCAGAGGACCGAUACUCCCCUUUGAACCAGCCAAGCCUGUCAGGAGAGGAGGAAUCUGUAGAGAAACUGCCACUGGCCCAAAGCCCCUCACGUUUUCCCUCAAUUAAAUUGAUGGGUAACCACAAUGGGGAGCUAGAAAGCAUGGGAGACAAGCCGAUUGCAGACACAGAGCCACAGCAGGACAUGGGGCUUACCAAUGGCUUCCACUCCCCUAAAACUGUGAGGUCUGUGCUGAGGUCAGAGCAUCUGGAGAAUGGGGACUCCAGACACUGCUCUACUGCACCAGGGAAGGCCAUCACUGUCGGGCUGUCCCCUGCCCCCUUUGUCAGCUCUGGCCUUGUCCACUCUACCUCAGCAGCACACAGUUAUCUGUGCCCGUAGCGUCUGCAUGUAGGGCACUGACCCUUACGCGAACCUAAAGACAUCAGACUGAUUUUCUUUCUUUUAAGUACCCAGGAAGAAUCCCUAUGGAUUAUUUUUAUGCACCUCAUUAUUGGAUUUCUUUCUCUUCCUUGCAAAGUUUUUAUAGGUACUUUGAAUCCAUUGUUUAAUACAUGUGUAUAUACAGUAUACAUAUACAGUAUAUUUUUAGUGGUAGAGUACUGUAUAUGGGUAUGCUCUCUAGCAUUGCAACCAUGCUUUCCUCUGGGUUUCUUUCCUGUCCAUAGGAAAGAAAAGAAAGAUUUAACUUAACCAAGCAGAUGGAAGUGGAUUGAAGGAGGCUAUUCCCACUGUGUCGCACAUGGCUCUGUUCCACUCAGGAAUGAGAAAAAGCCUGGAACGUUCCCUGAGUGAGUGAGCACUUGGACAGGCUAUAAUCAUGGAUGGAAGGAUCGGAAGCGGAGGCUUGGUGGGUCUCCCUGGGCUUCGACUUGUGGAUGCUACUUUAGCGUGGCACUGAGGAAUAAGCCUUAAAGAGUAUCUGCACACUCUGAGAGUGCAGAACACCUGUGUCUCUCUCCAGCCUCCUGCUGUCUCAGGGUCCAUACACAUACACACACAUACACACACACACACACACACACACACACACAGAAACACACACACAAAGCUUAAAGCAUAGUUGAUUCCAGAAACUCAAUUGGUCACAUACAUAAACACACAUUUACACACACAUUUCCUGACUGGAGUGUGGGGGUCUCAGGUGCCUAAAUAUUCUAGGUGCGUUUAUGGCUUCUGUAUAUUUCUAUAGAUUAUUAUAUUCAGAACAAGUUCGAAACACGUCAGCAUUAAGGGAAAAAUAACACUCAAAAUAUAAAAAUAUGUUGCGUAUACAGAUUUGGUACACAUGAAGUAUUCCUUUCCAAAAUGCCAUAUAUCCAAGUGGUGUGAUUUUGUAAACCAGGGACACUCAGUUGAAAAGUGAAGUUGCUUUUUUUCUGUUUUAUAGAUGGUGGAUAUCUCAUUUUGGAAUCACAGUAUUUACAUGUUAAUAUUGACACUGGUUUAAUUAUGUUGGUGGGAGAACUAGAGGAGAUGUUACAACAAACCUAUCUGUACACCACUCUUCUGGUUUGGCUCCCAGUUAGGGAUGCACCAAUGUCCAUACUGUUGUCAAGAUACUGUGCCAUCAGUUGGAGCCAAUUGUCAUUUUCAGCUAAGUAUGACAUUUUUUAUGUGAAAUGCUUGCCAUGUCUUUAAUUCAAUGGAAAUUCAGCUUGACUCUACAAGCCUGAUUCCAGCUGUAUGUGAAAAUUUCCACAAUGCUCUAGUCUGACCAAAUACAAAAGGAGUUUGAUGAGGAAAAAAAUAAAUAAAUUUGCUCCAUUUUUUUUACUUUGACCCCAAACUGUUCAAUGUAUUCCUUAAGUUAUGGAUCAGAUUGCUUUUCCUAAUUAACCAAUAUAUGAAGUACACGGGGAACUGGUGCAUCCCUACUCCUUAUCAACAGCACUACCUCAUUUCUUUUCAGGACGGUUUCCAGUGUGGUUUUAUUAGUGUUACGUAACUAGCACCUUUUUAAGAUCUUUUUCUUAACCUGUCUGAUUUGACAGCCUUUGGUAUUAAUAUACAGAAAUAAUCGUCCUACACUGUAUGUUCUUGUGUUAAGUUCAACAGGAAAUUAUAUUGCUUUAGUGCAUUGCAGCCACCUCUCAGAUCACUGAAAGAUUGUUUUAGUCAGUAUUAUCUUACUGUUGAAACCCCACAAAAAAAAAGAAUGCAGAGUUUAUGAUAAAAACUGGAACCAACUAUAGACAAGGAAAUAAAUAGCUCCUGCAAUUUUACACUUGUGCCACUUAUGCACCUAAUGGAUGGAGUACAUAUUUUACAUACAUACAUAUACAUGUGGUUUGCAUGUAUGUGUGUGUGUGCGUGUGUGUGCGUGUGUGUGCGUGCACAUGUAUUACCUGAGGGAUGUUAAAUGUGAAACCAAAAAAAACUGCUCACACUGAAAGAAAACAACAACAAAAAAAAAAAAAGCCUGGUUAAACCCACAUUUAAAACCUUGACAUUUUGUGGCAAAAUCAAUUAAUUAAAAUUCCAAAUGUUCUGUGCAGAGUUGGUGACAUAUAAAUUUGUGCCAGUGACUGAACUCAAACUGUCUUGACAGUGCUGGCCUUUGAGGGGGACAGAGAGCCAGAGUCCAAAAUGGAGGAAGCUGUCAGAGCUUAUUAGCUGUUUUGCUCCAUUAACUUUUAUUUAACCUCCUCUGUCAGAGUAAAACCUGUUGAUCAUUGGUUUACAGACAGUCAUAAAACUGGAGUCGAUGGCACAAACAUGACUUCUGAAUAAACUGUGUGACCUUUUUGUCUCGUUGGUGACAAAAUUUUGGCUCAAUGGUGAGCAAAAUGCCAGGGGGAAGUAAACUGAACAGUGAACAGAGAGAGAGAAAAGCUCCAGAAACCAACUAGUGCUCAGUGGCCAGGUCAGCUAGCAAGUUAAUCGUUAGCCAGUUACAGCAUUUCACUAGUUGGCCCCGCAAGUAGUCAGUAUGUCGCCGUGUAUUUCAUGUGGACAAAAUGUCACUUUGUGAAUGUGUGAAUGUGAUUU